AUGGAUCUCGCCAACCUCAUCUCCCAACCGGGCCCCGAGCCUGCUAUGACUGUUCGGUCAAGAUACAGCCCUCCGGCCUUUGAGCCCGGCACCUUCUACUCGGCCAACACCUCAUUCACACGAACACAAGCGCCGCUAUCGCCUCCAGUUGAGGAUCGAUCUUCCAAAUGCUCACUACCUUCAAUAUCCGCGCUCCUCGACAGCGCCGACGGCGCCUCAACACAAGCAACUAGUAAGCCUUCCUCCAGCUUAUCCGAUCUUGCGCAAUCUAACAUACCAGUAGAGCGCCAACGGCUAAGCUCGCCAGUGUACCGCGAGGCUUUCGACAAGAACCCCGCUGCCGCAGCCCCCAUUCGCCUCCCACCCACUCCUCCAUUGCGCCCCGGCUCCGGCUUUCACAGUGCCGGCCACUCCCCCUCCAGCUCCAUCUCCUCCAUCUCCAUGAUAAAGACCGAGUACCCGCAACCUCCGGCGCUCCCAGUCUCUCUACCGGGCCUUCCCAGCCCAACCGACCGCUCCUCCAUCUCCAGCCAAGGAUCCGCGCACCACCAGCACCACGGCCACGGACCCUACGCUUCUCCAGCACCCAGCGUGGCGCCGUCUUACUCUUCACCCGUCGAGCCCUCGCCUUCCGCAGCAAUGUACUACCAGCACCAGCACCAGCAUCAGCACCAGCGCCCAGCAUCUGCAGGCACAUACCAAGCUCCUCCCCCUCCUCCGCCUUCACACCAACAGCCCAUGAUCUCGCCCGUGACACCGGCCUGGCAGCACCACCACUACUUCCCUCCAUCCUCGAACACGCCCUACCAGCAGAACCACGACCGAUACAUCUGCCGCACAUGCCACAAGGCUUUCUCGCGGCCGUCGAGUCUGCGCAUCCACAGCCACAGCCACACAGGCGAGAAGCCGUUCCGCUGCACACACGCCGGAUGCGGCAAGGCCUUUAGUGUUCGGAGCAACAUGAAGCGUCAUGAGCGGGGCUGCCACUCCGGCCGGGCUGUUGCGAUGGUCUAA